GCCCCAUGGAGAUGGUUAAUCGCUGGUAUAGCACCAAUAUUUAUUGCUGCCUGGGGACUCAAGAAAAAAAGUUUAUGUAAAUCAGGAGCAUUAGCAGGUCUAGUGGUUGGAUUUAUCCUGACUCUAGCUAAUCUCUGUUUCUUCUCAACAUUGAUUACAUUUUUUAUUACUGCCUCAAAACUUACUAAAUUUAGAGCUCAUAGAAAACGCAAAAUAGAAGCAGAAUUUGCAGAAGGUGGUCAAAGAAAUUGGGUGCAGGUAUUGUGUAAUGGGGGUAUAUCUGCACAGUUAGCUCUACUCUAUAUAUUAGAAACAGGCUGUUCAGAAACACCAAUAAACUUUUCUAAACAUUAUACCUCAUCAUGGUUAUCUAUAGCAGUCUUAACAUCUUUAGCGUGCAGCUGUGGUGACACUUUUGCCUCUGAAGUGGGUUCUGUCAUGGGAUCACAUAAUCCAUGGUUGAUUAUGUCCUUGCGUCGUGUUCCAAUAGGCACAAAUGGUGGUGUAAGCCUUGCCGGAACUGUGUGUAGUCUUUUAGGUGGAUUUAUUGUGGGUGUGGCUUAUUAUUUUACAUUAAUACUGACAGUUAGUGAUUUAACUCUUUUGGACAGCCCACCUCAGUGGCCAAUCAUAUUGAUGGGAACAAUUGGAGGCGGUCUAGGAUCUCUGAUUGAUUCAAUUCUUGGUUCCACAUUUCAGUACUCAGGUAGGUCAAGAAAAUUAAAAAUGGUGGUUGAAAAAGCUGGUGGUAACGUAGAUCAUAUAACUGGGUGGUCUAUAUUAGAUAAUCAUAGUGUUAAUUUACUGUCGUCUCUAUUUACUAGUAUUAUAUCACCUUAUAUUGCUAUUUAUACUUAUACUUCUUUACAGUAUUUAUGA